UAGUGUAAAAAAUUCCCAGGGGUGAAUAUAUGAAUUAAAAAGUGUGUAGAAAAAUUAAUGUAGGCCAUAAAAAAGUUUGCAUAGAGGAUUAGUGAAGACAAUGAAAUAGUGUGAUUUUGGGAUAGACAGAAAAGUUGUCUAAUGGAUAGGAAGGUGUGAUCACAUUAUCUAUUGAUACAGGUGGAAACAUAUACAUUAUUGUUUGUGUAAAUGCUGGUCAAGGAUUCAAGUGUUUAUUUGCUCACAUUUGCGUAACUUAAAGUUGACACAAGAAACUUUGACCAUUGUUGGAAAACUUGCAUAACUUUUAAGACAUUUCUUCAGAAGUGACAGAACAAUUGGAAACUUUAGUGACUAUCCACAGCUGCUUAAGAACUUUUUAAAAGGGGAGAAGAGACUAAACGAUUACCACUAAUAAAUCUUGGGAUUCAAAACUUUUUUCUACCUUGAUUCGUAAUACCUUGAUGGGAAAAGGUGUAAUCCAUGUUGAAUAUGAAUGAUUAAAUAUUUCUUUUGGACAAAAGAAACAUUAAUGGAUUCUGAUUCAAAUGUACAAUUUUAUAAAUGACUCAGAAAGAAAAGAAUAUGGUAAUAGAACGUGGUACAAAGAGUAAGGGAAUAGCAUCAUUAUUUCCGUCGUGGCAUACUAACGGCAGAGUUUUAACCUCUGAUAUACCUGUUACUACCCAGGUUCUCCCCUUGACACCAGGAACUUCUCAGAAGAUGUCACAGGCUCUCCUUGAUAGUUUCAAAAGCUUUGAAAAAGUACAGUACGACUUUGCUAAAGACCCCGCAUUGUGGACAGAGUUGCACAUUACUAAGUGGUUGCAGUGGGCUAUUCAGGAGUUCCAUUUGGAGAAUAUCAAUAUGAACAAUUUUAGGAUGAACGGACAAACUCUCGUCAAGAUGGCAAAAGAAGAUUUCCUUACGUUGGCUCCCCCAUUUAUGGGAGAUAUUUUAUGGGAACAUCUGGACCUUUUGCAGAAAGAGGCAGCCGAAGAGAGGGCAUCUUUGAGUAAUGUUCCACAGAACUAUAGUGAGUCCAUGUGUGUGCCAGAGUUUGCUGAUAGAUACUCAAUGCUCCAAGGUUAUGUUGAUAACAAGUCAACACCAUAUGUGGACAAUAAAUGUUCAUACGGCGGUCAGAUCAGUGAGUCGAUCAAAGCUUUGAAUGAAAGUGAGACUUAUGAAGAUACAUCUGAUUACCAAAGUGUAGAGAGUCUCCAUAACAACAGUUACUAUGACCACAGUCCUACAGAGUUUUAUCCUAUGAUUCCAGAACAAAAAUAUAGACCACCUAUUGACAACAUGUGUCGAAACCCAUUCAUUCCACAAGAUCCAUACUAUGACCAACAACCCUAUCAGAUGGUACCGACUAUUAAACAGGAAUGUCCGUGGUCUCAGCACGACUGUAUCCAACAGGAACUGAAUGAGAGCUGGUCUAGUCGUAAUAGUGGUGGAUAUCGUAGUAUCCAGUCGUCACCCACAGAUAUGUACACAACAGAGAGUAAACCUAUGAUACAGGCGGCAGCUCUUGCUGGUUACUCAGGAAGCGGACCAAUACAGUUGUGGCAGUUUUUACUUGAACAGCUGACGGACAAGUCUUGUCAACAUUUUAUAAGCUGGUCAGGAGAUGGAUGGGAGUUCAAACUAUCGGAUCCCGAUGAAGUUGCACGAAGAUGGGGAAUUCGUAAAAACAAACCCAAAAUGAACUACGAAAAGUUAAGCAGAGGUCUUAGAUACUAUUAUGACAAAAACAUUAUACACAAAACCGCAGGCAAGCGUUAUGUGUACCGAUUUGUUUGUGAUCUUCACAGUCUCUUGGGAUACACCCCAGAGGAGCUGUUUGAAGCAUGUGAUGUCAAGCCUCAGCCCGACAAGGAUGAUGAGUAGUCAGUUAAGUGCUUGGUUUUAACUAACCGUGAUCUGUGAUUGAAGCUGUAGAGGCAGCAGAAUAAUAUAUUCUAUUUAUAGUUUGGUCCGCAAACAUUUUGUUGUCGGGGCUGGAAGGUAUAGGAUGGCUUGAGAACAAACAGUCAUGAUUGCAGACUUUUGUUUUGAUUGGCAAAGAAUUUUCAGCUGUUUGACAUGUUGUGAUAAAGCGGUGAUAUGGUAUGGCUUUUCAGCAGACAGGAUUUUUGAUCGAUGGAAAAGCUAUUUUUAGCUUCAGCAUGACAGUUUUUGUGGAGAGUGACUCAAAAGUGCAGAUCAAGUUUUUACUUGAUAUUUUUUAUGACUUUUUUCAAGCAGCGUCUGCUUGUUGACUUUUACUGAUCAUGUGAUCUUAAGUUGUACAUUUUAUAGACCAUGAUGUAUGAAAUGAGUUCAUUUGACCAAUCAGAUUGAAAAGUCAGAAAUUUGACUAAUCAGGUUGAUAGGUUGGAAAGUGUUACUUGUUGAUUAGUUAAUAACAAGAAUUUCUAUUUCUUGUUUGGCCAUAAUUUGUUUAUUUUGGUUGGCCAAUUGUUGUAAAUUGGUAUGUGGCAUUGUGGCCACAAUUGUUAUAUUUGUUAUAUUUUAUUUUAAUAAAUGUGCUUUUAAGGAUAUUUAUUCAAGUUGAUGCAAAUAGUUUUCCUUGGUGCCUUUGUAAAAACUUCGUCCAAUUUUUAAAAUGUUUUUAGAUGCCUUGUAAUGUUAUAUUGUAUGAAAUGGUAAAAAUUCAAGCAAUAAAUCAAUAGGAAUUUAGAUUGUUCUGGUUCAAUGAAAGGGUAGUAACAAAUAAAUAUCAUACUUCAUCCAAAAGAAUUAUUGGAACAAACCUUGAAAACAAUAAUUGAAGAAAAUAGGCUAAACUAUUCAGUAAGUGCUAAAAAAUCAUAAAAAAUAGUUUAAAACAUUUUCCAAAUAAGAUAAACGUGAUCGUUUUAUAAUUUUUGAUCAAAUAACUGUUUCAGAUCUGAGAAAUACUGCUUUAUUACAUAUAAGAACAAAUUUCUAUUUUACCUAGCUGUUUAGUGAUAGUGUAAAAAAAAAAGGGAUCAAUUGAUGAUUUGCUUUACUGCAUAAAAGAACAAAUUUCUAAUUAAAUUUUACUUUUGACGGAUAUUUCCAAACUGUUUGACAAGUUGAUACGCCUUUGAAAGACCCAGGAAAUUUGAUGAAUAUGCAUAUCAUUAUCAGACUGUGUCUUAAAUAAGUGCCAUACGUUUACAGAGUUUCCAUGCAAUGGUGUGUCUUUGUCAUGAUAGCCUAAAGUCAUUCUUGUGUUCAUUUAUUGGUGCCCAAACACUGUUAUUUUUUAGACAGAAUUUCAUAGUCAUAGUGGUUAUAUAUUUAUUAAAUCCAGCGCAUGUUUGAAAAUCACAUUUUGAUCUCCAUAAGAAAUUCAUUAAUCAAAAUGUCCUUAAAUUAGCUUCUUUUAUAAAUUUACUUUUAUAAUUGAUCAUAUUUGAACUUGUCAUGCAUAUUAUUUUUGAUAAGCGAAUGAUUAAAAAAUUGAAGGUUUUCUUUAUGCUCCUUUUUGGAAAUGGUUUUCAAUUCUUUUUAUAUCUGACUAAUGAUCUAUCAUUUUUUGCAUAUUUCGAAAAAAGAAAAGAAUUUUGAACC